AUGGGUAAUGUCAUGCGAGGUGUCAUCGCCUUGAUUCCGUCGGAGCGCUGUCAACGCUUCUUAGUGGGGGACCUGAAAGAGAUGCCCCUCGAUCGGACCCUGGACCUGAGCAGCCGGCAGCUGCGUCGGCUUCCUCUUGCUGCGUGUGUCUUUGAUGAGCUGGUGAAGCUCUACCUGAGUGACAACAACCUCAGCACUUUACCUGCUGAUCUGCAGGGGCUGAGGAAGCUGCAGCUGCUGGCCCUCGACUUUAACUGCUUCGAAGAGCUGCCAGCAGCUGUCUGCAAACUGCCUCAGCUCAGCAUCCUUUACCUAGGUAACAACAGGCUUUACUACCUCCCCAAUGAACUGACAGUGCUCAAGGAACUCAAUACUCUGUGGCUGGAGACUAACUGUUUCACUGUUUUCCCUGAGGUGGUUUGUGAGCUUUCCAAUCUCAAGACCCUGCACCUCGGGUAUAAUCAGAUAAAGAGUUUACCACAAGAACUUGGACAACUGCAAGAGCUAAGAAGCAUCUGGCUUGCUGGGAACCAGCUGACAGAGUUCCCGUCAGUGUUGCUGGAAAUGCACUUUCUAGCGGUAAUUGAUGUUGAUCGAAACAAAAUACGCCGCUUCCCAGCCCUGUCUCACAUGCAGGGGUUGAAACUUGUCAUCUACGACCACAAUCCCUGUGCUAACGCCCCAGUGGUAGGCGAGGGAGUGAGGAGGGUGGGGCGCUGGGCGGAUUGCGCAAAUGAGGCGCAGGACGAAGAAGUGUCCAAAGCAGCCAGUGAGACCACAGCCGAGGUUGUCGAGCUACAACCGGAAGAGGAGCACAACAUUUAG